CACACGUAACCUACUUUUAAUUUUAGAUGAACUAAAAACCGAAAGUGAGGUUAGCUUUAAGUUAACUAGUUAAGUUUAUACUUUUAUAAUUUUUUAUUCACCGAAACAACAACCACAACCGUUCCUUUCUUGCAUUUACAAUGGCAUCUUAUGUGGGAACCGAGUUCAACGAUCUCGCUAAAUUAUUAUUCAACACCAUCAGUAAUCUGAAACCAGAAUUUGACCCCAUAGAGUACCUGGAUGCAUUCGAAUCAAUGAAAACGAACCUCGACAAAGUAAAUUUUGUGUAUGCCGAUAUUAAAAAGUACCCCAAUGUGUUUGCGAAGUAUAUGAAAGACACAAAGAGUGAUGAACUGGCGUUUACGCACAUUGACGGUGGGAAACGAAAAUGUUUGGUAGGAAAGUACUGGGACGCGUUGGAGGAUUUCACACAAAGUGUGGCUGCAGCUGAAAGUGAAACAGUUUUAGCGUUAGGUUAUGGACACCGAGCUGAGUGUUUUUUAAAGCUUGAAAUGCCUGAUAAGUGUUUAGAGGAAGUUGAAAGAGCGUCUGCUGGUUAUCCCAAAGACUUGAUUGAAAAAUUAGUGGAAAUAAAAACCCAGGCUGAAAGUAUGGUCCCUUGUUUAAGUAGCUACUAUGAGUCACUUCCAGGUGAUGAUUUUGACAAUUGUAUUAGAGUUGAGAGGGAUGAUAAAUUUGGAACCCACGUUGUGGCAACUAGAGAUGUGGAAGUAGGAGAUAUUAUAAUGAUUGAGGAGCCUUUUACCAGUGUGCUAACUUCAGACAGGUUGACACACUGUCAUCAGUGUCAGAAUCUUUGUUAUAAUCCUGUACCUUGUAACAAGUGCACAGUGGCACUUUUCUGCAGUGAUUCAUGUAAGAAUGAAGCCCAGAGUUACCAUAAGUAUGAGUGCCCUAUAUUGCUUACGAUCUGCUACCGCGUUCGAUGUGAAUUUGCCGCUGAUAGUAGUAUCUUACUAGCUUUAAAGAUUGCCCUUCUAACAAAAGAGUGUUAUCCUCAGAAAGAAAUGUUACAAUUGAAGGACAGCGAUAAAUACCUGGUAGUUCAUUUCUUGAAGUCCAGGGCAAUGUUUUCCCGUUUUGAUAUAUUCCAUCAGGCUAUUUUGACAGCUGUGAUUUAUGAACUACUUUGGAAUUACACUAGUUUUUUUAGUGGAAUUUUCGCAACCAGUAGGACCUCUGAUACAUUUAAAGAAAUCAUGUUGGUACAACUUCAGACCACUUUAAGUAAUGUUGCCACAAUCUAUGAAUAUGUCCAAAAAUUAAACUAUAAUGGAACUAACAAUUUUGGGGUGGGGGCAUAUUCCCUGUUUUCUCUUUUCACACAUUCUUGUUGUGCUAACGUUAUGAAAACCUUUCACGGCAAUAAAUUAGUUCUUAGGGCUUUAAAUACAAUCAAGGAAGGAGAACAGUGCUUUGUUAAUCGAUAUGGUCUUAGGUAUGAUGUGUCUUCAACGUUGGACCGUGAGCAGUAUUUCAUCACGCAAAAGUUACAAAAGUGUCUAUGUAAAGCCUGUGAGGAACACUGGUCUGCAAACUUAGGUGAUGUUGCCAAGAUCUGUGAAGAUCUGAACAUUGACGUCAUAGAACUUGGAGAUAUAGUGAGAAGUGUGAUUGGCUCGGAUGUCCAGAAAGCGAGAAAUUUUUUGCCAACUUUGAUUACUCAACUCAAAGAGUGUGAGGAUCUGGAGCCACAGGGGAGUGCUUUAGCUCUGAAGAGCUUAAUCGCACAUUGUUAUGUCAUUUUUGGUAAUAAAAAAAUCGAGUGUGAUAAGUCUAUAGCAGAGAUUGGAUUUGUGCCUUAACUGCUAAUAAAUGGAACUGGUUGGACUGACAAUGAAAGCACUUAAGAAGUUAGGAGCAAACGAUUCUAAUCUUUGACAAUUGUUCUACUACAAAUUACUAAACGUGUUUUUGCUAUUGUAGAGUUUAAAAAUGUGAAACGUUGGCCAAUAAAGCAUUUGCAAGGUUCGUGUUAGAUGACAGUUUGACCGCGACAAAUCCAGUGGAGCCACUGCACAUCGAAAAGUAACUAGGUGCAUCACAGUGUUGAAAUUCAUUGUUUUUGAAAAAUACAGUAUUUAAUAUAUGUGUUGUUACUCA